AUGAAUCCCAAAAUCUCAGAUUUUGGUAUGGCUAGAAUAUUUGGAGAAGAUGAAAUCCAAGCAAGAACUAAAAGAGUGGUCGGAACAUAUGGAUAUAUGGCCCCAGAAUAUGCAAUGGAAGGACGAUAUUCAACAAAAUCUGGUGUCUUCAGUUACGGGGUGUGGAUACUAUGCACAGAAGAAAAGGCCUUGGAUAUAGUUGAUCUAGCACUAAACCAGUCUUAUCCUUCUGAUAUAGUUCUGAAAUGCAUUCAAAUUGGACUAUUGUGUGUGCAAGAAAAUGCCAUGAAUAGACCAUCAAUGCUAGAAGUUGUUUUCAUGCUAGCCAAUGAAACACCUCUCUUCCCACCUCAAAAACCUGCAACUACCAUCAUUGGUCGCUAA